GUUUGGUUUCCCCGCCCCCGGCGUGGCUGGAGCUCUCCGGGCUCCGCGGUGGCGGCUGGAGCAGCGGCGGGGUGGCGGGGGGCAGGGCGUGGUGAGGUAAGGUGAAUGCCCGAGCGGGGUUCCCGGAGCCAUGGCCUGCUCCAUUGUCCAGUUCUGCUCCUUCCAGGACCUCCAAGCUGCGCGGGACUUCCUCUUCCCUCAUCUGCGGGAGGAGACCCCCAGCGGCGCCGUGAGGAGGGACCCCAGUAAAUCAAACUGGGAAGAUGAUGGUUGGGGAGCAUGGGAAGAAUCAGAACCCCAAGAACCUGAAGAAGAAGGAAAUACUUGCAAACCACAAAAAACUUGCUGGCUUCAAGAUUGUAUUUUAUCAUUAUCUCCAACCAAUGAUCUUAUGGUUAUAGCUCGGGAACAAAAAGCUGUAUUUCUAGUGCCAAAAUGGAAACAUAGUGAUAAAGGGAAGGAAGAAAUGCAGUUUGCUGUUGGUUGGAGUGGUUCUUUAAGUGUUGAAGAAGGGGAAUGUGUAACCAGUGCUCUGUGCAUCCCACUAGCAAGCCAGAAGAGGAGUUCCACUGGACGUCCAGACUGGACCUGCAUCGUGGUGGGCUUUACUUCGGGUUACGUACGCUUCUACACAGAGAAUGGCGUCCUCCUGCUCGCACAGCUUCUGAACGAGGACUCAGUGCUUCAGCUCAAGUGCAGGACCUACGAAAUCCCACGACAUCCUGGCGUGACUGAGCAGAAUGAAGAGUUGAGUAUAUUAUAUCCAGCUGCUAUUGUGACUAUUGAUGGAUUUAGCCUUUUUCAGUCUCUUCGUGCUUGUCGAAAUCAGGUAGCAAAAGCUGCAGCAUCAGGCAAUGAGAACAUCCAGCCACCGCCAUUAGCGUAUAAGAAAUGGGGUCUACAAGAUAUUGACACAAUUAUUGAUCAUGCUAGUAUUGGUAUUAUGACUCUGUCCCCUUUUGAUCAAAUGAAGACUGCCUCAAAUAUAGGUGGAUAUAAUGCAGCAAUUAAAAACAGCCCACCAGCCAUGUCUCAGUAUAUCACUGUAGGGUCCAGUCCAUUUACAGGCUUUUUCUAUGCUUUAGAGGGAAGCACGCAACCACUAUUAUCUCACGUUGCACUUGCAGUGGCAAGUAAACUCACUUCCGCUUUAUUUAAUGCUGCCAGUGGUUGGCUUGGUUGGAAGAGCAAGCAUGAAGAAGAAGCUGUCCAGAAGCAAAAACCCAAGGUGGAACCAGCUACCCCAUUAGCUGUAAGAUUUGGGCUUCCAGAUUCUAGACGCCACGGUGAAAGUAUAUGUCUGUCUCCAUGUAACACACUGGCAGCAGUAACAGAUGAUUUUGGCAGAGUUAUUUUGUUGGAUGUAGCUAGAGGAAUUGCAAUACGCAUGUGGAAAGGGUAUCGAGAUGCACAGACUGGUUGGAUCCAGAUUGUAGAGGACCUCCACGAAAGAGUGCCAGAAAAGGGAGACUUUUCCCCUUUUGGAAGUCCUCAGGGUCCAAGUCGAGUGGCUCAGUUCCUUGUGAUCUAUGCACCACGGAGGGGCAUUUUAGAAGUGUGGAGCACACAGCAGGGCCCUCGAGUUGGCGCUUUCAACGUGGGAAAGCACUGCAGGCUUCUGUAUCCUGGCUAUAAAAUAAUGGGCUUAAAUAACAUUACUAGUCAGAGUUGGCAGCCCCAGACUUACCAGAUCUGCCUGGUUGAUCCAGUGUCUGGAAGUGUGAAAACAGUCAAUGUUCCUUUCCACUUAGCAUUGAGCGAUAAGAAGAGUGAACGAGCCAAGGACAUGCACUUAGUGAAGAAACUGGGAACCUUACUGAAAGCAAAAUGUCCCAAUCUUGAUUUGAUUGAAACAGAAAUAAAGGAAUUAAUUCUUGAUAUUAAAUACCCUGCAACCAAAAAACAAGCUUUGGAAAGCAUCUUGGCAAGUGAACGUUUACCAUUUUCCUGCCUUAAAAACAUCACUCAGACAUUAAUGGACACUUUAAAAAAUCAAGAGCUUGAGUCUGUUGAUGAAGGACUGCUACAAUUUUGUGCCAAUAAAUUGAAAUUACUGCAUCUUUAUGAGUCUGUUAGUCAAUUAAAUUCCACUGAUUUUCGUUCAGAUACACCAUUCUCUGAUAAUGACUUGGCCGUGUUACUAAGGCUGGAUGAGAAAGAACUCCUUAAGCUCCAGGCCUUGUUAGAGAAGUAUAAGCAAGAGAACAGCAGGACUGCUGUCCGAUUUUCUGAUGAGAAGGAUGGUGUGUUGCCUGUGAAAACAUUCCUGGAAUAUUUAGAAUAUGAGAAAGAUGUGGUCAACAUAAAGAAGACAAGUGAAGAGGAAUAUGUGGCUUUAGGCAGUUUCUUUUUUUGGAAGUGUUUAUGUGGAGAAAGCUCCACUGAGGAAAUGUGUCACACUUUGGAGUCGGCUGGACUCAGCCCCCAGCUGUUGUUGUCUCUGCUUCUGAGCGUUUGGCUUUCUAAGGAAAAAGAUAUUUUGGACAAACCGCAGUCUGUCUGCUGUCUCCAUACGAUGCUGUACCUCCUGAGCAAGAUGAAAGUGGCCAUCGAAGAGACCUGGGAUUCCCAGUCAGUGUCCCCUUGGUGGCAGCAGAUGCGCACGGUCUGUAUUCAGUCCGAGAACAACGGGGCUGCGCUGCUAUCCGCACACGUCGGGCAUGCUGUCGCUGCCCAGAUAUCCAACAGCUUGACUGAGAAGAAAUUUUCCCAAACAGUUUCAGGAACUGACUCGGAAGCCCUCACUGAUUCCUGGGAGGCCCUUUCUCUUGAUACGGAGUACUGGAAACUCCUCCUGAAACAGCUGGAGGACUGUCUCCUGCUUCAGACUCUGCUUCACAGCAAAAUGAACACUCGGACCUCCAAAGUGUCUUCACUGCAGGCUGAGCCGCUCCCGAAGCUUUCUGUGAAAAAGCUGUUAGAAGGAGGAAAAGGUGGCAUUGCAGACAGUGUAGCCAAGUGGAUAUUUAAACAGGACUUCAGCCCCGAAGUGUUAAAACUGGCUAAUAAAGGAAGAGAUGCAGAAAACCCAGAUGAACCCAGAGAAGGUAUUAACCGAGGUUUAUUUGAGGUGUCAGAGGUAGAGAUGGACUUGGGAGCCAUUCCAGACCUGCUGCACUUGGCCUACAAGCAGUUUCCUUGCAGCCUCGAGCUGGAUGUGCUGCACGCACACUGCUGCUGGGAGUACGUCGUGCAGUGGAAUAAAGACCCGGAGGAAGCACGUUUUUUUGUUAGGUCAAUAGAACACUUGAAGCAUAUUCUUAAUGCCCAUGUUCAGAAUGGCAUUGCACUGAUGAUGUGGAACACAUUCUUAGUCAAAAGGUUUUCUGCCGCUACAUACUUGAUGGAUAAGGUUGGAAAAGCACCAAAAGAUAGAUUAUGCCGAAGGGAUGUGGGGAUGAGCGACACAGCAAUGACUUCCUUCCUUGGCUGCUGCUGGGAUCUUCUUCAGACUUUAAUGGAGGCAGACGUCAGCCGGGAUGAAAUGCAGGUGCCUGUCUUGGACACGGAGGACGCCUGGCUGACUGUGGAAGGCCCAGUCUCCAUCGUGGAGCUGGCUCUGGAUCAGAAGCACAUCCACUACCCGCUGGUGGAACACCAUUCCAUCCUGGGCGCCAUCCUCUACGCCAUCAUGAGGUUCUCUCUCAAGACCGUGAAGCCACUGUCUCUUUUUGACAGUAAGGGGAAAAAUGCAUUUUUCAAAGACUUAACUUCAAUUCAGUUAUUACCUAGUGGGGAAAUGGAUCCAAAUUUUAUUUCUGUACGACAACAGUUCUUACUGAAAGUCGUCAGUGCAGCUGUCCAGGCCCGACACAUGGUCGCAAAAGACAGAGACUCCACGGAAGAGGCAGCAACCUCCCCUUUUGGUAAAGACCAGGACUGGCCAGUGCUGGCCGUGGACUUGGCCCAUCACCUUCAAGUCAGUGAAGAUGUUGUCAGGAGGCAUUAUGUGGGGGAACUCUACAACUACGGAGCUGACCACCUAGGAGAGGAGGCCAUCCUCCAGGUUCAGGACAGAGAGGUCCUGGCCUCGCAGCUGCUGGUGGUGAUCGGGCAGCGGCUGGCGCACGCCGUGCUCCGCACGCAGACAAGGGAGGGGCUGGAGCUGCUCGCCAGGCUGCCCCCAACGCUGUGCACCUGGCUGAAGGCCAUGAACCCCCAGGAUCUUCAGAACACAGAAGUGCCCAUUGCAACAACAGCUAAACUAGUAAAUAAAGUCAUUGAGCUUUUACCAGAAAACCAUGGGCAAUAUAGUUUAGCCUUACACCUCACUGAAGCUGUGGAAGCCAUAUCUCUUCCUCCUUUAUGACACUUAUCUCCUGCAAACAGUCUCAAAUUGUGUGACUCUAAUAUGAACUAGUGCAUGGUUAUUUUACACAAUAAGAUCUGGAAUUUUACAGAGGAAGUAUGUUUUUUUCUUUUGUAAAGUAAAUAAAAAUACACAUUACUUUUAAAAAGUGCAGUCUUGGCUAAAUUCCACCUUUGGUUAAUACUGACAAUAAAAUAUAAACAGGUAUCAGUUAUACUAUCAAUUUCUCUUGAAGCCGUUUUCCUGUUUUUGAUUUAAGCACUUAAGUAGCUUUAUUGUCCAAAUUUGCUAUUUAAAACUGGUUAUAAUUUACAGAUUAUGUUCUUAUAAGAUUCUAUAUUUCGUACUCAAAAUGUUAUUGUAAUUAAAUUUAAAUGUGUUCAUGUGUAGUCCUCAUCAGUAAAAUGAGAGAACUCACUGUUUUAAUAAAUGUUGGGAAAAUGCUUUUGUUAUCAUGCUUAAUCCCAUCCUGGGGGACUGCCCCCUGGAGUUCUGGAUGCUGACAGGCUUCUUUCCCAGAGGAGGUUAUGCUGGUGCCAUCAAAGGAGGAAUAAUGGGUUCAAGACCAUCAUAUUCAUCAGAAUGGACACUAAGUAGAACCCUUAACCUGUUGCACUUGCCAAAACAGAAUCUGAGAUGCAAUCUAACCCAGCAAAAUUAAUUAUAAUGCAAGUUAAGAUUUGCUUUUUGCCAAGAUUCAAAAUUGUAUCCACAUCAGGUAACUGUAAAAAUGUAUUAUCUUGUAAAACUUAUGUUUAAAAAAAGGGCAAAGAUGCUAAAAAUUUAAAUCCAACUUUAUUUUUCCUACAAGUGUUUAGAAAUGUCUGUUUCUGGGAUCUGGUCAUGUUACCUGUUCUUAGGAACAGUAUAGAAAAUGCUUAGUGAUGAUACUACAGCUUAGCAAACCUACCUCACUGCUGGCUUGAGAGGAUAAAUACAACUAAUUUUGUACCCUACAGUGCCUAGAGCAGUCCAAGUGCUGAAUAAUCAUUUGUUGAUUAAAACCAAAUUAACCAAAACUCUGUAAAAAAAAAAAAAAGUACUUUGAGC